AUGAUAUUGACACCUGUUGGGGACAAAGCCUUACCUGAGCGACAAAAUCGAUACAGUAGCGUGUCGAACUCUCGCAAGACUAGUCAGUUUCGCUCGAGAGUAUUUAAGGCGGCGUCAUACCCAUGGCCACCAGACAGCUCCUUGACGGUGGCCAACAUGAACUCUCUGACUGUGAUUUCGGUGGCGGCUCUCGUGGCUAGCGGCAGCGCCUCCUUGCUUGCGUACAACGGCGUAUAUGGAGGCCAUCACGGCCUUCUUGGCGCCUAUCCUUACGCAGGGUAUUCUGGUGUGGUGCCCUACGCAUACGCAGGUGGCCUUCCCGCAGCUGCUCCUCUCUCCCUCAAAACACCUGUAAUCAAGACCUUGGCUCCUACACCUAUCUCUUACAACGUAGCUCCUGCACCUGUAUCCUACAACGUGGCACCUGCACCUGUUUCCUACAACGUAGUUCCCUUCGCACCUGUAGCACCUGUCCAGUCUCAGUAUCACGCUCAGGAUGAGAUCGGUCAGUACUCCUUCGGUUACGCCGGCGGUCCUUCUUCACGCGCUGAGUCUCGCGAUGCCUUCGGUGUUGUCCGUGGAUCGUACAACUACGUGGACUCUGAGGGCAAGGUUCAGACUCAGCACUACGUGGCUGACGCCCUUGGCUUCCGUGCGUCCGGCACCAACCUUCCUGUGGCUCCUGACGCCCCUCUGGCCGCCCUCCCGGCCCCGUCCCCGAACCCGUCCAGGACACUGCUGAGGUAG